AUGCCGCACAGCCCACUGGGGGCCCUAGGGGCCCCCGCAGCCGACGGCUGUGGAAGACCCCCGGGCGCGGCAGCUGUGAGUGCAAAGCUGUGUGCUGAUCUGAAGGGGGGGCCCGCAGAAGCAGCAGCUGCUGCCGCAACAUCACCAGCAGCAGCAGAAACAUCAGCAGCAACAGCCAUUUUGUGGGAGGAAGAGCUUAGCAGCGACCAGGGCCUUUGUCUGCUAGACCUGCAGGGUGAGGCCCUUAUGGCCGUUCAAGCGUCUCCGGGUGCAGCAGCAAAGUUGGUGCCGCUUCAGGCCUCUGUGGAUGGAGAAGGAGAGAAACAGCAGCAGCAGGAGCAGCAGAAGCAGGAGGGUGAUGGCUGCGAGCUUUGGGGGCUAGUGCGUUGGCCGUCUGCUGCUGCUGCUGCUGCUGGCAACAGCGGCAGCUGCUGUUUGCAUGUGGGGGGAGACAGCCUCGAAGGAAAGGUUAGCCCCUUUGCUUCUGCUGCAGGUUCGGGGCCUCUGGCUGUGCUGCGACGCGUGUGGCGGCCGUUGCUGCUGGAUCUCGCGGGGUGUACGUACACCUCAGCAGCAGCAGCAGAAACACAAGCUUGGGAGCUUCAAGGUACUGUUGAAAAGACUCUGUCCUUCUGUGGCCCUCCAGUGCUGAAUCCUUUUAAGGAAGUCUUUGCUGCGCAAGCAGCAGGCGAGGUACCGCAGCAGCAGCAGCAUGGGACAGCAGCAACACCAGGUCCUGUUGCUGCUGCUGCUGUUUCCACGGCCGAGGCAGCAGCUCCUGAUGCACCCGACAGCGACGCAGUCUGGCUCAUUGCGGCUUCCCCUCUGCUGCAGCAAAUGCAGGGGUCGUGGCAGCUGCUGCAGCUGAACGGUGCGCUGCGCGAGGAGCUGCAGCAGCAGCAUCAACAGCAGCGGCUGCUGCUAGUGAAGGGGCGGCCUGCUGUACUUCCUCCCCCUCCAACUGCUGCGCAAAUGCGCGAAGAGAGCGAAGCUGUUGUCUGCUGCCGCAGCUGCACUUUCAAGCUCUCUCAGAACACCAUAGACGGAGAGGUGCUGGUAUGCUACAGAAGUGCUGCAGCAGCACCUGCAGCAGCAACUGCAGCAUCCGCUCCAGCAACAGACCACCAGGUCAUGCUUCUGGACGAUGACAGCAGCAACGCCAGCAACAACGGCAGCAACAGCAACAGCAGCAGCAGCAACGGCACCAGCAGCAGCAGCAGGGAAGGCAGCCAAGGGGUUGCAAUUAUGGGUGUGUGCAGGUCGGUGCUGCAGCUCGAAAAGUCGCGCGGCCGCCUGCAGCAGGUGCAGCAGCUGCUGCAGCUGCCGCUGCAGCAGCUGCUGUCUGUACACCCGGACGCAGUGCCAGCAGCGGCUGUUGCUGCAGGCCGCACGGUGCUGCCUUCUACUUUGCUGCUACAGCAGGUGCAGGCUUCACCAGUGGAGAUUGCAGCACUUCUCUUGGGUGACGCUGGCCUCUCGUUUGAAGCCACCGCAUCAGCAGCAACAGCAGCAGCAGCAGCAGGAGCAUCCUCUGCUCAGCAGGCAUCGUCUGAGGCAGCGGCAAAUCUGCAACAGCAGCAUCUGUCUGAGCUGCUGCAGCAGCUACCGCCUCUGUGGGGUGAGCUGCCUUCUCCCUCUUCUGGAGUUGUUCUCUUCGAUCCCGAUAUUGGUGGGUACUUCGUUGUCUCUGCUGCUGUGCUGCGCAAGUGGGUGCUGCGCAUAGCUGACUGUCUGGCCCUGGGCAGCAACAGCAGCAGCAGCAGCAGCAGCGAAUGGUUUAGCGUUGGCUGGGCGUUGGAUGCCAUCGAAGAGUGCGUGCAACAGCACGGCCUUGUCGUGCCGGGGCUGCGUAUACACCCCAGUAGAGCAGCAGCAGCAGGGGGCAGUGCAGCAGACAGCGAGCAGUCUCCUCGGCUAUCCGCUGGUUUGCUGCUGCAGCUGCUGCGGCAUUUCUGUGAUGUGCGCAUUCCCCAGCUGUGCUGCAGCAGCCACCCGACCGCCUUGGGAGACAGCUGCCCCCCUCUCGGGACAGAAACAGGUGCUGCAGCAGCAGCAACAGCAGCAGCAGCAGCAGCAGGUGGAGAAGGGGACCUGGUAGAUGUGAUGAGCGCUCUAGAAGGGGUGCUAAAGGACUCCGAAGCAGCAAAGAAGGCGAAGGUGGCAGUAAGCCUGCUGAAGCUGCAUGCGCUGCUAGCAGCAGAGACUGCAGCAGAUGUGGGGCUGCUGCUGCAGCUGCAGUUCGGCAUUUUAUUCCCUCUUUCUGCUGCAGUUGCUGCAGCAGAUAUCAAGAAGUUCUGCAUCGCCUUGGGGAGAAAGUGGCAGCAGCUGCCUCUAAAAAUCGUGCAGUGGGGGGAGAGGCAUCUGGAGGCCCGCGUAGCAGCGCUGAGGGUUGCUGCUACUGCUGUUGUUGCUGCUGCUCAAAGCCAACAGCAGCAGCAGGAGCAGCAGCUGCAGCAAGAGAAGGCGGUGCAUGAGUUGUUGCUGGCAGCAGCAGACCACAUCCCUUUGCUCUCUCUGUGGUUUUGCAGACAGCAGCUGCAGCAGAAGCCGGGCCCGCUGCUCUCUGCUGCUGAGCUGCUGCGCUGCUGCUGCUAUGGCUUCCCUGACCUUCGUACGGAUUUCAAGCACCAGCAGUCUCCUCCCAGGUGUCUCCUCUACCCUACGCGUACACCAGAUGGGAUUGCUGCUGGCCAGGAGGCAGCAGAAGCAGCUGCGCGCCUGUGGCUUGCUGCGGCAACCGCAGCAACUGCUGCACCAGGCCUUGCCUACAGCAGCAGCAGCAGCAGUAGCAGUGAGUUCGUUGCUCUUUUACCUGAUGCAGGGGAGAGACGGGCCUUCUUGCAGGGCAUGCUGCUGUCUCCUUUGAGGGGUCAGUUCGCUGCUGUCGAGGGACAGCUGCUGCUGCUGCCUGCUGCAGCGCUGCCGGAGACUCCUAGAGAGCGCCUUGUUGCUGCUUUUGCUAUCAAGUCUGUGUGGAGGGAAGAAGAGCUGCAGCUGCUGCUGCGCCCUUGCCGCUUCAGCAGCGGAAACAACCAGGACUUAGCAGUGAAGUUGGGGGCCCCCCCUGCCAUCUAUUGCUUCGUCUUCCAGACGGAGUUAUCAGCAGCAACGAAGGAGCAGGUUACCUCCUUCAAAUCUAGAAACGUCCCCCUACCCUACUGGGAGCUAGGCUAG